AUGCGCUUCGCUAUGGUACUCUCUGCCUGUGUGGCAAUUUCUGGAGUGAACGCUGCGCCAGCUGGCUGGUCCCCGGGUUCUGCCAAAUGGCUCAGUGAAAUUGGUGACUAUAUUUCCAAGCACGCGAACCAGGGUUUCCCUCGCCAGCCUACCUGUGAUCUCUCCAAAGCCGUGCUCCCAAGCAACCCACAGCUUUCGGAAGUUCCCGAGAACCAGAAACUGCUCGCCGUUGCAGUCGGCCGUGGCACUCAGAACUAUACAUGUGCUUCAUUAUCUCCAGAUGAAGCUCCAAAGGCCACCGGCGCCGUUGCUACGUUGUUCGAUGCCUCGUGCAUCGCAUCCAACUACCCUUACCUUCUCUCGCUUCUCCCCAACGUUGCUCUCGAGCUCACCAACCCUACACCACUCGCCAACUCCCGUGGCCCAGCAGACCUAAUGAUGAUGGGCCGCCACUACUUCAACGGUGAAGGUGUUCCAAUUUUUGACUUGCCAAAACUUGGAGUCUGCGGUGUUAAGAAAGCUGACUCCAAGGAUGCACCACCCGAUGCUAUGAAGGGUGUCAAGAAUGAGCAAGAAGGUGCCGUUAGCUGGCUGAUGCUUGAAUCGAUUCCUUCUAGCAAGGGCCAGGCAAAGAGGGUAUAUCGCGUGAACACUGCUGGAGGAAAGGCACCGGCAACCUGUGCUGGCCAACCAGAACAGAUCCAAAUCCAGUAUGCCGCCGAGUACUGGUUCUAUGGAUGA